AUGGGAAGCCUGGUUUCAUCCACGACUGUAGUAGUAAAUGGCACUGCCUCCCUUUCUGGUGACAACAGUCAGUCGCCAGGUACAACGACGGGUAUCAACAUUCUGAAGAGCUCAGGGACCCUUACUCCAAGUUCAACCGCCACAACUUCUUCAAUCACGGCUGGUUCUGAUACUCUGACUGAUGAGCCGCAUCUGACGUUGACUACCCUGCCGUCAGGGGUAAGCUUUCAGACUCUCGAGAGAGUUACUUACACCUCGCCCACGUAUAUCACAACCACAUCCCCAGGCAGCAACCACCCCACAAUUGUUCCAAUCAUUAUCCCCUUCGUCGGCCCUCCGAUAAUAUGUUUCAACUGCUUCUUAACGUUCCCGCCGAACAUCAAGAUCGACGUGCCACAGUUCUGCAUCCAGCUUUUUGGGCUGAAAAUCGGCAAUUGCCCGCCCAAGAACGACAAUAAGGGCGACGAGAAGGACGACAAGGAGGAAGAUGAAGGAGGCGAUGAAAACAAGGAUGACGACGAGAAACCCACCAAGUCUGAGAAGCACUCAACAACAACCUCGACUUCUUCGUCCUCGUGCACUGUUACUAUUACUGCCACCCACAGAAGCGUGUUCUGCUCAGUAACAAAAGGGAACAGUGCCGACGCGUCCUGCUCGACGACUGCCUACACGACAGCCACCGAGUGUAGUGCCCUCGGUAAAACAACCACCGUGACGGCGACUGAGACCCCGACUCCAUUCUUACCAGUAUGUGGUCCUGACACGUCCUGCCCUAAGAAGAGGGGAGAAAGGCCCGUCCCUGCUGUGGAAGGUCUCCUCAAGCGCGGCAACCCAGAGCUCGGCCGAUGGCCUGACCCGACUGACUACCCGAACCACCAGGCCCAAGGCAGUCAAGAGCGACCGAGGUACAGUCCGAAACUCGUCCAUCACUUUGAUGGCUACCCCCUAAGUGCCGGCUGGGUCCGCUUCAAAAGCAGCGUCGAAGCGCUCGCGCUCCAAGGGCUCAUCGUUCUGGUUUCCCGCCGCGGAGCCCACAUCUGGGAAACCAUUGUCAUGAAUGCGGACCCCUAUACCACGUUCAACCAGAUGGUUGAUGGGUAUCUCCCCCGUGGGAUGAGUCCCAGCGACCCGAAUCACAGGUUUUACGAAUACGGCCUGGCGGAGAUGAGGGAUCGCCCGGAGCUCGGCGAGGCGGGGGUCAUAUUUGGCGACAUGCCGCAAGGCACCGACACGCCUUCGAGCUUGAACAUGCGGGCUUUCAUCGUCACGCCGCGCGCCCGCAUGUUCCCCUCGAUUUACAGAGAUCCCAGCGGCCACAUUAUUCCGCAUGAAGUCCAUCAUCAGCGGGGCACGCGGGUCGAGAGACUGAAGCGGGAGGUAGCCAACGUGUUGGACUAUAACGCAUACGUCCCGAAGUUGGAGCAUACGAGAAAUAGAAAGGUCAUGACCGACGACGACGGGAACGAGAACACCGUCAGGGGGAAGUUCCUGCUGCAGACUUGCAAUGAACAGUCCGAGUGGCGGCUGUGGUUUGAGGGACAGCCGCUUGGCGAUCGAUCGGAUGCCUGGAAGCCGUUGAGGAACCAGCUCUUUGCGCCGCCGGGGCUUUCGCUGCGGCUCGGGCGUAGACAGGAACCCGUCUGCGAGGUUCCCGCCCAAGGCGCACCUCCCGUGGGUGAUUCGGCAUCCCCUGCCAUCUCUCAGCCUGCCAGUGGCGUGCCCAGCACGCAGGCAAGCUGGAAACCCCCUUUGUCGGGCAACCACACCACAUCCUUGCCGCAGACCAUCCCGGCGGUCCCCGUCACGCUUUCGUCAACAUCAACAUCGGCUUCGGGAGUCGUCAAUGCCGUUUCCCCGACGACCCGUGUCAACACCACGGCUCUAUGGGCACCGUCGACUGUAAGCAAUCCUGUUCCCCCGACGACCCCUCUAUGGGCACCGACGACUACGAGCAACCCGGUUCUUCCGACGACUGUUAGCAAACCGGCUCUUCCGACCGCUCCAACCAAAGACACAACCAUACGGGUACCUGCCAGCACCGCAACUCUGCGGACCUCUGUUAGCAACACAAGUCCAUUGGCCCCAACAACAAUCUUCACAACUAUAAUUGUGACUGUCAAACACCCUACCCCACGGGAACCGGGCCUCACUGUGAUCCCAAUCACUUGGUCCACGACCCCCGUGACAGCAUCCACCGCCACGGCCAAAGCCUCACCGAGACCGAAAGAAACCACCAAGACGACACCCGUCUCGAACAAGCCACGCGGCCCGGAGCCCUCGCAGGCCGUCGCAAUCUACUACGUGGACACAGUCAUGCGCAACUACAACGGGAUGCUCGAGAUCGAGGGCGCGUGGUGGAUGCUCCCUGUGGGGGUGAAGGGAGAACAGGUCGACCACGAGCCCUGCGGCAAGGAACCGCAGGGUUGGAUGUUGCUCGAGAAGCCCUUGGGCCUCGAGAGCGUCCCGUGGCCCCCCUCGUUGGGCGCGGAGAGGUACUUCUUCGACAAGAGGCACUGCAAGUACAAGGCGCAGGAAGGGGGCAAGGGGUACGGCACGCUCACCUGCGAGAACGUGGCCGAGUUCGCGUGCGAGAGGAACCCGUGGGCGGCCCAGAAGGUCGAGUGCAGCACGGAUCCGGCGGCGGAGCGGACGUUUGUGGCCCGGGUCCUGUGCAGGUUCCCGACGACGGAUCACAGGCCGGACGCUGACGAAGUGAAAGUCACGAGCACCGGUUGGGUCAAGACCAAAGUCCCGCUCUUGGGUCCACCCUAA